UUUUUUGUUUUUUUUGUGUGGGAUGUGGGCAGCCUUUCUAUUAUUAUUUUGUGUCAAAUUCUCAAUUUAAAAGAAGAGAAAAACAGAGAGUGAGAUUGAAGCUCGUUGGAGAAAAAGAGAAUAGAAAAAUCAGUUUUUCAAGCUUGGUGCAGCAGUGAUCAACUCCUCGAUCGAAGGUCCAUCCGUGGUUCGAUUGAGCUGAUUUUUGGACAGCAGCUAGGUGAUAAGGUGUUCUUGACUUUGUACGGUCGGAUUUUUCAUCCGAGACUUGUAGCGUCGGAAAUACCCAUUUUUCAGCAGCUACGUUUUUUGAGAAUUCCACCAGCUUUUGUAAAGCAUGUUUUUAAAGGAAAUGUGCCCACCAUGUUGACCUUGUAUUCAGACUCAGGGAACUCAUGGCGAGUUAGAAUCAAAGUUGAACAAGGAAGCUAUUUUUUCAACAAUGGAUGGUCAAAGUUUGUCAAAUAUCAUGACCUGGAAAUAGGGGAUUUUCUGGUUUUCUUUUUGGUUGAUAGUUCAACGUUUGAUGUUUUCAUUUAUAAUCGAACGGCAUGUGCAAAGAACAUCAUUUUGGCUGCUAAGAAACGAAAGGGCCGAUCCCCUGGAGUUAGCAGACAAAUUGAACAAACCCCAAGCCAUAAAUGUACUUCAACUUCCAAGAAACCAAGAACAGUUCCUCGUGUACAGGAGGUUGAGUUUGUAUCUGGAGUAACCCCGAAAAAUGUUUCAUAUGUAAUGGUUGUGAAGGGAUACAAUAAAUACUAUGCUGGUAUUCCGAUAUGUUUUACUGAAGAAGCAGGCUUGGGAAAGGUAUCCAUGGUGAUGAUUAGAGGUCCAAAAGGUGGAAUGUGGCCAAUGAUGACCACUUUUAGUUCAAAACAAGUUCUUCUGAGUGUUGGAUGGUCCAAGUUUCUGCAUGAAAACGAGAUUGUAAUUGGAGAUACCCUUUUGUUCGAACACGUACCAAAUACAGGCCAUUUAAUCCAUGUCCAGGUUGUUAACAAGGAUGGAACUGGAAACACUGGUAGCCUUGCUGGUAAGCGACCAAGAGAUCGACCUCGCGAGCAAACUGAACUACCACCAAGCACAAAAUAUGCUUCAAGUUCCAAGCGUACCAAAGGUGUAUCAGAGUUACUCUUGGAACAGGCUUCAUUUGUAGUUGUUUUGAAGAAAUACCAUCAAUACUCUGUUUCUGUUCCAGCCAGUUUUGCCAAAGAAACAAGCUUGGCAGAGGAACCGAGCACGGUGAUAAAGGACUCAGAGGGUAGGAAGUGGGAAUUAAACAUCUUGGUUGAUGCAAAAUCAAAUGUUCGUCUAGGUGCAGGAUGGUCACAAUUUGUGCAAGAAAACAAAUUAGAAGCUGGAGAUACCAUUUCGUUUCAACACAUUCCCAACACUGGUAAUGUAAUUUACUUCAAGAUCAUUAGCAAGGCUAGAGCUGCAAAUUAUGGUGAUGGAAGAAACAUGAGAAAAAAUGUCAGUUAAAAAGUAGUAUCAUUUGUAAUGUCUGUUGUUUACCAGUUGUUGAAGAUGGUGAUGGUGGUUUGUAACUUGUAUGAUUGUGUUGUACCUGUCUAUCUUUUGUUUUGAUGGUAAGAAAAAGAAUUGGUAUGAUCAUGUAUGAAUUUCCAGGAACCCUCUUUGAAGUUGGAAAGUCAUUCAGGAAA